CUCUGAAACUUUCUCUGUAAUUCUCCCUGCAAAUUCUACAUCAUCAUUAGAAGAAUCCAACAGUUAUCUGGCAACAUAACCACUUUGUUUCAAUACCAACUCCACCAAAUUCAACACCAAUAAUGGAUACAAUGCUGGUUCCUCCAUGGCUAGAACCAUUGCUAAACACGGCUUUCUUCUCCAUAUGCCGGACUCAUGGAGACGCGGCAAGGAGUGAGAGCAAUAUGUAUUGCUUAGAUUGCAAUGAUGGUGCAUUUUGCUUUUAUUGCCGCUCAUCCAAACACAAAGAACAUCAAGUUAUCCAGAUAAGGAGAUCUUCAUAUCAUGAUGUGGUGAGGGUGUCAGAGAUUGAAAAGGUUUUGGACAUAAGUGGAGUUCAAACCUAUGUGAUAAACAGUGCUAGGGUUUUGUUUCUCAAUGAAAGGCCUCAACCAAAAUCUGGGAAAGGGGUUUCUUCUCACAUUUGUGAAAUCUGCGGGAGGAGCCUUUUGGACCCUUUUCGUUUCUGUUCAUUGGGCUGUAAGGUUGUAGGGAUAAAGAGAAAUGGGGAUGGAAGAUUUACCUUAGAGGCCAAGAAUGAUCAGGAGGUAAUGCAAAGAGGUGAAGGGAUAUCAAGAAGAGUAAAUAUAGAGGAAGAAGAAUUGCGUGAAGGCUCACAUCAAGACAUAUACCCGCCCACGCCUCCUCCACCUCCUCCCAAUGCAAGGAGAAGAAAGGGUAUUCCUCAUAGGGCACCCUUGGGAUCCUAAUUAAUUACUCUCAAAACCACUUUAUACAACUCAUUAAUAUUUAUUCACAAAACCCAUCUCUAAGGUCAUUGUCCCGAGUACAAAUUUGUUACAAAUAUAACAUCACAUUAUCAUAGACAUGUGUUAUCACAAUUCAAUAACAAAACACCACAUUGUAUACAUGUUUCACACAUGCAUAUGCAACAAAAUUUAAUCAUUAUCGCAUAUACAAGUAUGUACAUUAGACUCGGGCGAUUCUUGUUAUUAAGUUAUGAUAUAAUGUAUCAGUGAAAAGGGCCCACUAAACAAAAAAGGUUAGUAAUAUACCUUUUUAGUCAGGUGGUUUCCCUGUCAAAACAAAUUCUCUUGUAAAUAGAGCAAUAAUGCAGAAUUGUUA